AUGGGUGCCGGAACGGGUACACCCUCCCCAUUGGAUGUUGUGUGGCGCGUGGACAUUCUUGACUGGUGUGUUCAGAUUUGUCUGGCGCUACAGUAUAUUCAUGAUGAGAGGAGGAAUGUUCUUCACAGAGAUAUCAAACCUCAGAAUAUUUUUCUGACUGAAGAUGGCUACAUCAAUCUAGGGGAUUUCGGAUACUCAAAAGUGCAGAAAAGAGCAGAUCCUUAUACAAGCUCAGUUAGAGGUGCAGAGCUCUAUCACAGCCCAGAAGUUGAACAAAACAAAUAUACUUCCAAAAGUGAUAUCUGUUCACUGGGGUGGGUGCUCUAUGAUCUCUGCAUGCUGGAUGUGUGGGUGAGUAUAUUAAAAAAACGUCGCCUUCAAAAAGCCUCCCACGAUAUGGAAUACCCCCUUCACUUCUCAGAUAUGUAUUCACAGGAUCUACAGAAUUUAAUCAAAGAAAUGCUCAGCUGUUGCCCUAUGACCAGACCUUCAGCUGAUGAGAUUUUAGCAAAACCAUUCCUAAGAGUUGCUGUAAACAGAAACAAGAGGAUUCCAGAAAAACUGGAACGAAGGUUCAUGAUGUCCAUAAGGAUCUUUGAUGAGAACUACAAUGAGCACUACGAUAAUUUUGUGGCCUUAGUUACAGAGUGGGGAGAAACAACAGCUUCACUAGAGGAGGUUCAUCGUAAAUGCACAGCAGGUUCUCUGGCAGGUUCAGUGAUUGGAGCAGCAGGAGGAAUCACUGCAGUGGUUGGUGCGAUUUUAGCUCCUUUCACUUUUGGAGCAUCUCUGAUUGUUACAGGUGUUGGGAUUGGAGUUGGUGUUGCAGGUGGUGUAACAGGUGCUGCGUCCAGUGUUACCAAUGCAGUCAAACAAAAAUCACUCCGUGAGAAUAUUCAAAGAAUUCAGCAGAACUUUACAGAUGUGACACCACUUUUUGAGUCACUGAAUGCACUGAGAAGGGUACUGAGAGUAAUCCAAAAGUUCAGGGAUUUUGUCAGUGACUCCUCUGACAACGUGCAAAUGUCAUGCAAUGUAGACAGAACAAGACUAGUAGGGUAUGAUUCUCGCUUCGGUUGCGAGAGGUCCCGGGUUCAAAUCCCGGACGAGCCCCCAUAA